CGAGAGGAGCGCAAGGAGUUCCAGAUCCUCAUUGAAGAUCAUUAAAAUUAAACGGAAACCUCAAGAUAUGGAGAGCUCAGCAGAAUUUGAUUUCAAACUAUGGGCGGCAGAGAGUAACCUUAAAACUGGUACAAUCUAUGUGCUACAGCGGGAGGGAUUCGAUACGAAGGCGGCCCUGACGCUGACAAGGCGACAAGAUGUUUACACACUCGACAUCUCUCGCGGUCAAAAGCGCACGCUCGCCAAGGCCCUGGCUAAACUAAUGGAAAACCCGGAGAUGUCUGCAAUGUUCCUUGAGACCGCUAAGUCUUUUGAGAGUUCUGAUGGUGAGUCGUCGAGUUCUGGCGCGGAGACGGAGAGUGCAGUGCAAAGGGAGUCGGUAAUAGAAGAAGAGGAUGAAGACGAAGAGAAUGAAGAAGCUCAGAUUGGCGACGGCGAGGAAGGUGGCAUUUUGGAUGCUCCCGAAAAAACAGUGACUGCCGAACAAGUAACAGCUGCAUCGGGAGAUAGAAUGGAGAAUGGAAUGAUGAAUGGAGACGAAGACUUCCGAAGCGGUUCCCCUGGCCUUCAACGAUCGGGGUCGAGAAACUCCAUCGGUAGAGAUGGCAGAAACUCCCUACUUCGACGAAACCAAAGCCUUAGCGCCAAACAGAUUAUGUUCUACAGAAAUGGAGACAGGUUUUUCAGUGGCCUGAAGUUGGCGGUUUCAAGCGAGCGCUACAAGGAAUUCGAUUCACUAUUAACCGAACUGUCUGCGAAAAUCGACCUUCAAACCGGCGCGGUUCGCUAUAUCUUUAAUAGCGAAACAGGCAAUGAAGUCCAAGAUGUGACUGAACUACAGUAUGGGGUGUCCUACGUUUGCUCUUCGUCUAACCAUUUUCAGCGGAUUGAAGGUGGUUACAGAAAUAACCAACCACAAUGGGCGCUUACAUCCGCGAAGGGCAACCCGAAAAGCGAGCUGCAGAACUGGCAACAGAACGAACAAGUCGACCAGCAGAAAGAUUUUAUCCGAGCCAAGCUAGUGACUGUCGUGAAACACGGCAAAAAACCUCAGAAGAAAGUCACUAUGCUGUUGAACAAGAAAACUGCGUCUUCGUUAAACCAAGUCCUCGAUCAUCUAUCGUCUAAAGUCACCGUUGGCAAAGUGGAUAAACUCUACACCGUCGACAUGAAACCGAUCAAAACUCUACGUGACCUUUUCUAUGAUGACCACACAUUUGUGGCGUUAAGCUCUCAUGAGAAGCCACCUGAGGAAGGUUUUGACCUGGAUCUUCAGCAGUACAGCUGCAAGAAGAACUCUGCAUAUAGAGACUUGCAGCGCCCGUCCAGUGGCCUGAAGAGAUCCUCCUCCCUUCGAACAACUCGCCAGCACCGUGACAGCAGCUCCCGAGAUGGAGGAGCUCCAGGCCGCCCUGUGCGACGAUCAUCCUCAGUUAAGAGUGCUGGAAAAGGUUCCCGAGGCCGUAGCGUCAGCCCAAGCAGGGUUAAUGGACACACGCCAUUGUCCAACCGCUCCAAGUCUCCGAGCUCCACUGGUAGAAAGACUCCUUCUGGGACAGGCAUGGGGACAGACGAGUUGUACCCUGCGCACGUUUUUGAGAAGGACAACAUGAUGUCAGAUUCAGGUGGAGAGACAAAAGUAUUUAAGAAAAGGAGGGUGUCUGUCCACGGCUUCUACAGAAUCGGAAAAGUAAUUGGCGAUGGGAAUUUCGCUGUAGUUCGGGAAUGUAAACAUAGGAAAACAAAUAAAGAAUAUGCAUUAAAGAUUAUAAAUAAAGCAAAAGUCAAAGGGAAGGAACAUAUGAUAGAAAAUGAAAUUAGUAUUUUAAGAAGAGUUAAGCAUAACCACAUAGUGGAACUUAUAGAGGAAUACGAAACCCCCAGAGAAAUAUUUCUUGUCAUGGAAUUAGUCAAGGGAGGGGACUUAUUUGAGGCGAUCGUCGAGGCGACUAAAUACACCGAGGUUCACGCGAGUCAUAUGGUGCGUGACCUAGCCUCCGCACUGGAUUACCUUCACUGCAACUCUAUAGUACAUCGAGAUAUCAAACCGGAAAACUUAUUGGUGUUAAAUCUUCCAAAUGGGCGUAAAUCGCUCAAGCUAGCAGAUUUUGGUUUGGCGAUGGAAGUAAAGUCACCAAUGUUCUUAGUGUGCGGGACCCCCACAUAUGUAGCACCAGAAAUACUCGACGAAUCCGGUUACGGUCUGAAAGUGGAUAUCUGGGCGGCAGGGGUUAUAUCUUAUAUUCUAUUGUGCGGCUUUCCGCCAUUUAGGAGUCCGGAUCAAGAUGAGCUGUUCGACUUGAUUCUCGCAGGCGAGUUCGAGUACUUAUCGCCGUUCUGGAAUGACAUCUCCUCGUCGGCCAAGGAUCUGAUUGACCACAUGCUGGUAGUAGAUGCCAACCAGAGAUACUCCGCCAAGCAAGUGCUCGCACAUCCCUGGGUCAAGGGUAACACGGUGGCACACAAAGACAUCCACGUCAACCUUCAGAACGAGAUCAACAAGAACUUCGACGCAAAGAGGAGACUUCGCAGUGCUGCAGUCGCAGUGAAAACGGUUAAAGCCCUCGAAAAAUUAAGCAAGUCCCUCCAUCGGCCCAAGCUCAGUGAUGAGGUCUUCUUAUCCUCAAGCCUGGAUGAUCUAACUAUGCCAGCCAUUACUGAAGAGCCAGAGACUUCGAACAAUAAUGAUACAGUUAUCAGACGUGAUAAGCCUACAUCCAAACCACGCCCAAAGAGCCUCAAUUUUGAGAUUUGCCUUGAUGAUUAUGAAGAAAACAUGACAGAUGAUGAGAAAUGUCUACGACACUGACAGAGUUCAAUGUCAUGUUAACUGGAGUGAAUAAAUAGUGUACAGAUAUUUAUAUAAAAAGAUAAAUAUAAAAAUAAAAUAGCCAGUACACCUCCCGCAACCCUCCAUGACCUACAACCAUUGAAGAGCCCUUGCCAGACACACCUUUGUUAUCUUGCCUUAUGCUGAAUUCAACAAAAACUUUCACGACAGUUCCUCAUUGGAUGGAAAUGAAUCCUUUCUCACUCUUGGGACUUACCUAGGGUGACAAAUGGGGCUGACAGAGGCUCUAACCUUUUCUUUACCAAUUGAUCAGGUUUAAAAGCUAAACUGUAGCAUUUUUUUCAACCUAAGCCCUAUCUCAGUUAAAAGGUACUAUGCUCAUCUCUAGCCAGGCCUGUAGCCAGAAUCAAAAUUUUACACAGGCAAAGCUAGCCACUGGAUGAUAAGUUCAACAAAAGCAGGUGUUUUAUCUCAUAAUGUUAAAUUGUGAAACACUAAACAUUGGAAUUUUACCGAGGCAAGUGCCUCACUUGUCUCAUGCUGGUUACAGCCCUGCUAGCCUCAAACAUGGAUCCAAACCUCCAGAUACCAUAAAGGGCAUAGAAAUGCAUUUCCUGUACAAAGUAUGGUUAGUCGUCAGAUUAGGGAAAUGGAUCAACACAAGGCAGAAGUGGACUGUUUUGUAGCUCAACCUUGUCUUGACUUAUUUUCCUGACCCAACAAUGCCUAUACAGACCAACCUAUUUUUCUACAGCUUGUCUGUAGUACUUCUAGCCAUAACAUUUACUCAUCCCAAUAUUAUUAUAGUGCAACCUUAAAUUAUUGUUCAUAUUCACAGAAGAUUUACACAUUGAGUGUGUAGGGACAUGUGCCCUUGGAUGUAAAUAUAAGCAGAGAGCAUACUAUAAAUUAUAGUAUAAUUUAAACAAAUUGAUUUGAUAGUAAUAUGAAUUUCAAAUUUAAAUGUUGUAUUUAAUUAUUGAUUAUUGACUGUGUUACAUGGAAUAAACUAUAACACCUUUAGACACAGAAAGAAACUAGAAAAAGUCUCCCAAAGCUUACACACUUAGUACUCCCAAGGUUUUGGGAUCAGAAAACUCACUGGAGAAAUUUAGAAACACUAAAAGGGUUAGUCAUGGGUGUGUCAUCUUUAUUUCGUACCCUUAAAAAUACAAUAUAAACGAAGUGAGAGGCUGUACUUUUUAAAGCUUUUGAGACUUUCAGUGUGUGUGCCAUCCAAAAAGUAGAAUUUGACAAAAAAAAAAUGGCAAAAUCCAAUCCAGAAGACCACACAUUUUUUCUAGCUGAUUAAGAGAUAAGAACCUUUGAAGAUUGUGUGUUUAGGAGCAAAAAGAAGUGAUAAGCAUCCCUCUACCAAACCUUGGGAGUACUGUUAGAUGAAUGACCAUGACAAGGGUGGACCAGUUGGACAGGCCGCUUCUCCCCCUGGAUACACUUCACCCCCCCUAAGAGAAUUACUCCAACAAAAACAUGUUAUAACGCUUUAAUACUCAUUAUUUAUUACUUACAACCAGAGCUAUUAUUGGUGCCAUGGCAAAUAAUAUGUACAAUAAAUCUUUGGUUUUAAAUAUGAUGCAAGUCUAGCUAUAUGGAAUGAAGUGGCAAAAAAUGACUUCUCGAUAAAUUUACUGUAUGAAGGUGAAUUUAUCAAUUUUUUUUGGUACAGUUGUAUUGGAAUCACAAUCUCCAAGUUUUGGGGAUUUCAGGAUUGGCUGGUACGGAGUCUGUGACUAUAUACAUUAAUAGCAGUCUUGCAUAUAUAAUGUGAGUAUGACAUUGGAAACAAAAUAAAAACUUUAAAUAAUUUA